AUGGACAACCAGGCAAUGGACUACGAGAACCCCGAGGGCGACCGCUACGAAGAGGAUGCUCCUCGCUACCGUGACCCUCGAAGCGCCUCUCCUCGUCCCGCUGGUGAUGAUGGCCACGAGCCUCGUCGCUCCGCCUCGCCCAAUGGCCAUGCUGAUCGCGUCAAGGCUGAGCACAGCAGCCACAGACGUGGCGGCGGCGGCGGCGGCGGCGACGACGACGACGACUCUGCCGUCAACCCCGGAUCCAACCUGUUCGUCACCGGCAUUCACCCCAAGCUGACUGAGUCGGAAGUUACUAGAGUCUUUGAGAAGUACGGCGAGGUCGAGAAGUGCCAGAUCAUGCGAGACCCUCACACCAAGGAGUCGCGAGGUUUUGGAUUCGUCAAGAUGGUCACUUCUCAGGAGGCCGACGCUGCCAAGGACGGUCUUCAGGGCGAGGUCAUAGAGGGCCGAACUCUGAGCAUCGAGAAGGCACGUCGCGCUCGUCCCCGUACUCCCACUCCGGGCAAGUACUUUGGCCCGCCCAAGCGAGGUGAGCAGACAUACUCCCAUUCCCUGUCCAUGUUUCAACGUGAAGCUUACAGACCAGGAGACGGCCCUGACCGACGACGUGGCGGAGGAGGUUACGGCCGCUAUGGUGGCCGUGAUGACCCUUACCGUUACCGCGGCGGUGGCGGCGGUGGUGGCGGCGGCUGGAGAGAUGACCGCGGCUCUGACCGUGAGCGCUACCGUGACGACCGUGGCGGCUAUGGCCGUGACUAUGACCGUGACAGAAGCUACCGUGACGACCGGGGUGGUUACGGCCGUGAUUACGACCGUGGCGCUAGCUACGACAGACGUGAUCGUGGCGGUGACGAAUAUGGUAGCCGCUAUGCUGGCGGUGGUCGCGAUGAUCGUGAUGGACGUUAUGGUGGCCGUGGUGGUGGUGGUGGUGAUGAUCGCCGCGCCCCCGCCUACGACCGCUCUGACCGUGGAUAUGAUCGUUCUGAACGAGAUGGCCCUCGAUCCCGUGAUCCCGCUGCUUCCGGAUACGGCGACUCUGGCUCCCGACCCGAAGGUCGCGAUGCUUACGGAGGUGCGCCCUAG